UGGUGAAACUCAUUCAGAUACAGACCGUGAUGAUAAAAUAGAGCGUUCUGGAUCCCAAUGUGUUGGCAAGGCAUGUGAUUUCUUGUAUUGGGCUGGUAUUGGCGAGAAUAGUGGGCCAACCCAUAAGGACAAUCACGAUAAGGCAAGAACUAACUUUAUUGACAUGAUUAAGGUUUCCAGAGCGCAACAUAUCGAACUUGAAAAUCAGAUUAUUGAGCAGAAGUUCUUACCAACGAAAGAUGCAGAUGUGGGAGAGCUUGUUCUAUUAUGUAAAAGAUUUUUAGUUCACGGGAAUCUUGUAGAACGUGUUGGACAGAUGACAAGCAUUCUUGCUAAAAAGUCUAAAACCUUCAAAGAUAAAAUAACUGAUGCCAGAGAAUCUUCCCAAAUAACAAUAGAACUAAAUAAAUUACGAACUCCUGCAAAGAAGUCAGAGCGUUCUCAAAA